GAGGGCUCGAGAUCUAACACCGGCUGGCGUUUGUUCUGUACCUUAAAAGUCUCUAUGAAAUGGAAAAUCGCGGGAUCGCCAAUAUUCUCUAUUACUUGAUGCUAAACGCACCACUUUUGCUGUGUGUUAACGCAACAUUUCUUGAAGUCCCCCAGGAUGUGACUGCUAAAGAAGGCGAUGACAUUGAGAUGUCGUGUGCGUUUCGAGCCAGCGGGACCACCUCGUAUUCCCUGGAGAUCCAGUGGUGGUACCUGAAGGAAGCUGCCAAGGAGCUGGCACACGAGAUGACCCUCGGCGCCCAAGGAAACAGGGCCAAGGUACCAGUAAAUAAGGAUGCCACCAAAAUAAGCACUGUCCGGGUGAUGGGCAAUGACAUUUCCCAUAAGCUGCGGCUCUCUGGUGUUAAGAAGGAGGAUGAGGGUGUCUAUGAAUGCCGAGUCACCGACUUUAUCGACGACGAAACUCAGGAACACAAAGCCCAGGCCACUUUACGGGUCACAGCCCGCUACAGCCCGGAGAUGCAAGCUGCCGAAGCUGUCUCCCACAUUCAGAGUAACGGACCCCGCAGGAGCAGCGUGCGCUCCACCCCAGUGCCCGGCUCAGACAGGCGGCGAGGGGCAGAAGUAGGCUCUGGCAGCGAGGCAGCCCCCUCAUCCACCCCCGCCUCUGUCUCCCCGCCCCCGGGCAACGCAGCCAUUAUCGGGCAGCAUACCUCCGGUGGGAAACCAACGCAGACACUAACUUCAGGUUUUGAACCCCUUUCUGCAUCUCACCCAUUCCUGUUUAUCUCUCUGCUGAUCUUACAAAGGCUCUGCACAUAUUAGUAAGCCUUGACUGAUUUCUCCAAAGUAAUCUUUCUCAAGCAAACAAAGAAAAUGUGCAGUGGAGACAAAAAAAAAAUAAGACUAUGAAGAGUGAAGAAUUUCAAAACUGGUUAGAUCAAACUGCCUUUCAAAAAUUGCAAAGGAAGCACUUGAAGGCUUGAGAGGGAAAAAUGUUUAUCUGAGGACGACCUUCAAAAAUUUUCAGCAGUCCAAUGUUGCACAUUCUAAAUGUUCUCGACGUGGUAAAUUAAUUUCCCGAUAAACACAAUGUAAAGCCUUGCUGUAUGUAGCAUGGCAAUUGUUAUUAAUAAGAUUAUUUUCUUGGUAAAUAAUCCACCUGCUUGUUUUCUGCACAAUUCACUCCAUAGCCACCUAUCAGUUCUUGAUAUU